AUGAGCGAGGCGGACGCGGAGAAGCCAGCGCAGCUCGCGCUGUCGCUCGCGCUCGUCGACUCGCUGAAGCCUGCGAAGGUGUUCAAGGAGUUCGUGCAGCCGGACCACAAGGUGACGAGUCUGGACUACGACGAUCGCGGCGAGCUGUGCGUGACGGCGUCGGACGACGAGACGAUCCAGCUGUACAACUGCCGCAGCGGCAAGUGCGCAUAUCAAGACGCUCUACAGCAAAAAGUAUGGCGUGCACCUCGCGCGCUUCACGCACCGGUCGUCGGCGAUCGUGUAUGCGUCGACGAAGGAAGACGGUACGUGGCCGCCGCUCACGCAGACACGGUGCGGUACCACUCGCUGCACGACAACAAGUAUCUGCAGUACUUCCGCGGGCACAAGCGCACGGUCGUCUCGCUCGCCAUGUCGCCGGUCGACGACACGUUCCUGUCGGCGGCGGUCGACGACUCGGUGCGGCUAUGGGACCUGCGCAGCCCGGCGGCGCAGGGCCAGCUGCGCGUGCAGGGCCACCCGGUCGUGGCGUACGACCCCAGCGGCCUCGUAUUUGCGGUGGCGAUCAACGAGCGGUCGGCGGUCCUGCUGUAUGACCUGCGCAAGUUUGACCAGAACCCGUUCCUGACGAUCACGAUCGACGAUACCGUGGCGCUCUCGCAGGUGACGAUGCCGCCACGCAUUCCCGUCAUCACACACCUGAGCUUCAGCCAGACGGGCCAGCAUCUCCUCGCAGGCACAUCGGGCGACGUACACUAUGUGCUCGAUGCCUUCUCCGGCAAGCUGCUGUACCGCCUCGUGGGCCACGUCGGCCUCGAGCGCGCGGACGGCGCAUCCAUCGGACUCGUGGCGUCGGCUGGCAUCAGCGGCCAGGAGCUCUGCUGGACGCCCGACGGCCAGAUGGUCAUUGCCGGCUCGGCGAACGCGCAGCUGUGUGUGUGGUCGAUCCCGGCGUCGCCACCCGCGGCGCCCGUGACACUGCAGCCGAGUGCGAUCCUGAAUGGCCAGGAAGGCACGCCGCGCGUCGUGGCAUUCAACCCGCGGUGCGCGCAGCUCAGCACGGCCGGUGCGCAGGUCGCCUUUUGGCUGCCGGACCCAGCGACAUAG